AUGUCCCCUUGCGCCGUCAGAUACGAAUCCAUACUGUUAGCCGACCAGAAGUACGAAGACCGUGGGAGACCUGCACCGUCGCCGCAGACGAAUCCGACACGGCCGACACGCAGCAGCAGGCUACGACCGCGACCAGAGCAUCGCCAAAAGUUGCGGUCUGACUCAGCCGCCGCCACCGACGUGUCAGCGUUGUGCAGACACUUUUUAGCCGCCUACAACAUACGACCGGACUUUUUUUGCAAGUUCCAGGGCAGAACGAGCUUGCUACAAUGCCGACAAUCAGGUACUUAUAUACAGUCGUCGUGUAAUACACAUAAAAAUAUAGUAUAA